AGAAAACAAAAGACAAAGAAAUUAACAAUUAACAAUUGAAAAGGUUUAAUUGUUGGUUAACCUUGAUGAUAAUUACAUUUGCAAUUAUUUUUCUUAAUUCAGUGAAAGAUUUAAUUAUCUAUAAUAAUAAUAGAUCAAUAAUUUCAAUGUUAAUUGUCAAGAUAUAAAAGCUCAAUCAGAUAUGAAUUUAAUUUCAAUCUCGAAUUCAAUUCUAAUCAGUUAACAUCUCUAUCUUUGCUUUCUUUGCAAUUAAAUUGUUUUUAAAAUGAAAUCAAUUAUCAUUUUUGCUGUACUUUUGGUCGUCAUCAUGGUGAUCAUACCUGAAGCUCAGUCAACCUAUGGAUGGGGAUACGGAGGGUAUGGUGGGUAUGGCGGAUAUGGAGGGUAUGGAGUCUACAAAUAUUGGCCUUCUUACUAUCAUGGUUGGGGCAAUGGUUGGGAUCACGGUUGGGGAAACGGUUGGGGCCACGGUUAUCACCGUUAUAAGUAUGGACACUAUUACCCUUACUCAUCAUGGAAAUACUAUGAUUGGGAUGGUCUUUGGGACGGUUAUUACCUUAAAUAGAAUAAGAAUCAUAAUUAAUACAAUUAAGGUGACAUGAUCUUGAUCUGUAAUAAAUUUUAUCUAUUUUUGAA